GAGGGGCUCGUUUCCGCCCCGCUACCGGGCGGGGGCGGCCAUCUUAGAUGCGUGCAAUUAAGGGCUUUGGCGGGAUUGGCUCAGCGUUUGGGCUGGUCCGCUGCUCCCCACCUACCAGGGUCGGAUCCGGAGCCCUUCCCCGCGGGGCGGGGACCUCCAAACAACCGACUCCUUUCCAGGUGAAGGGUGACUUGGGUACGUCGGGGCUUUGCGCGAGCCUCCCCGCACCCUCCCAUAGGACCCCAGGACAGACCCUGCGUCCUCGCUGACCCGCCCUAGGCUGAAGAAACACUUAAAUUCUGGAAAUAGCGACUCAGUAUCAUGGCCAGCAGCCUUAAUGAAGAUCCAGAAGGAAGCAGAAUCACUUAUGUGAAAGGAGACCUUUUUGCAUGCCCUAAAACAGACUCUUUAGCCCACUGUAUCAGUGAGGAUUGUCGCAUGGGCGCUGGGAUAGCUGUCCUCUUCAAGAAGAAAUUUGGAGGGGUGCAAGAACUUUUAAAUCAACAAAAGAAAUCUGGAGAAGUGGCUGUUCUGAAGAGAGAUGGGCGAUAUAUAUAUUACUUGAUUACAAAGAAAAGGGCUUCGCACAAGCCAACUUAUGAAAACUUACAGAAGAGUUUAGAGGCAAUGAAGUCUCAUUGUCUGAAGAAUGGAGUCACCGACCUCUCCAUGCCCAGGAUUGGAUGUGGUCUUGAUCGUCUGCAGUGGGAAAAUGUAUCUGCGAUGAUCGAGGAGGUAUUUGAGGCAACAGACAUCAAAAUUACUGUGUACACACUCUGAACCAGUGAACGUUUUGGAUGUUUCCAUGUUCUCCUGUGUCAUCUCUACUGAGCCAUAGGACUGGGCAAACCUACCUUAAAAUGGGCAGAGGAAAGUUUCAUGAGAAGUAGUGUGUUUAACAAGACAGACUUUGGUUGCUGUAUUAAAGUAUUUGGACUAUGACUGUGGAGGAGGGGUUGCUUAGGAUAUGUUGCUGUGUUUUUUUGAAAAAAAGUAAGGAGUAGGUGGCUUGAUAAUAGGCAGGGAAACCAGAUUGUUGGGACUAUGACCUUCUUCUCCAGUAUGCUACCUUAUUUGUUUGGCUGGCCGCUAGGUGGCAGCAUUGAUUCUAUUUCUCUGCUUUUAAGAGAAAUUUCAGGAAGGAUGAUCAGUUAGUUUGGCAUUUUUUGUCGUUUGUGCACCUAACUUGGUGUUAUCCUUCGCAGGGGAGAGUUUUUGUUUUAAUUACAAAGUUAAAUUCUACAUUGUUAAGAAAUUUGUGGUGAUAAAAAUGGAAAAAUAAAUACUUGGGGGGGGGGUUUAGUGAGGUUCUGUGUUUAUGUGUGUUUGCUCUGGACGUGGGUAAUGGAAGAUUCACCUACAACUUAAUUUCAAACAGUCAUACAAAGAGUCCAAGUGGGAGGAGAAACAAAGUGAGAAAUAAGAGAUAAAACUGGACAAGUCAAAAGGCAGGUUUUUAGAAUCUCCUCAUGGUGAACUUUGCCCUCUUUUGUCCACUGCGUGGUUUCUGUGAUUGAACCUGUAUGAAUUUAAUCGUGAAAACAAGUGAAAUAAUAUAUGUUAAAUGCCUGGCAGAGUUCUUAACACAGAGUAGUGACCCAAUGAAUCAGUGAUUCUCAAAAAUCCUUAUGAACCUUCUUUAAAAAAAUAAAGGCCACUUCCUCUCAAAAAAUUCUCACAUCUGUCAUCCCAGCACUUUGAGAGGCUGAGACUGGAAGAUGACUUGAGCCCAGGAGUUUGAGACCAACCUGGGUAACAUAGUGAGACCCUGUCUCUACAAAAAAAAAAAAAAAUUAAAAAUUAACUGGGCAUGGUGGUGCACAUCUGUAGUUCCAGCUACUCUAGAGGUUGAGGCGGGAGGAUGGCUUGAGCCCCGGAGGUUGAAGUUGCAUUGAGCUGUGAUUGUGCCACUGCAUUCCAGUGUGGGCAAUAGAGCAAGACCCUAUCUGAAAAAAAAAAAAAAAUGUGGUGGUGGAGUGGGAUGGCCACUUUUGUAUUUUUAACCUCCAUAGAGGAUUUGAAUGUACAGCCAACUGGGGUCUAAAUAUUAGUCCUCAUUUCUUCCGAAGCUGCAAGGACCAGUCCUCUGUUGUGGUUAUGGUAGGAAAAUAAAGUUCAUGGAUUUAGCCAAUGGUUCAGUAUCAGAGCUAUUUGGGAAACUAGAUGUUUUCUUUUUUUCCCCAUUACUGUGGUGUUGAGAGUUAAAAUGCCAGACUUGCUGUUGAUUUUCUCCCUAGAGUGACUUUGGGUCUGUCACAGGACUUGCUGCUUUCCCAAGUAUAAAAGAACAACUGUAUUUUAGAAGGGGCUGGUUAAAACACCAGAAAAGUACUGAUUAAAUAUGAUCUUUGUACCUUAGACUGUGUUCUUAUCACAAAUCAGCCUGAUAAGAGGCAACAGUUUCAAAAAAGUAUUGCACUUUUGUAUUUCUAGGUGGAACAGACAAAUUCUUCAUGUUGUUGGGGUAGGGGCAGUGGAGGGUCAAGUUCAUUAUCAAACUUUUAGAUUGAGGCUUUUCUUGAAGCACUGCUUUUGUCCGCAUAAAAUUGAAGGGAAAAAGGAAGGAGAGAUUGUCUAAAUACAAAAAUUUGAAAAUGAGAGUGGGGGAUAAGAAACUUACAGUAUUUUGCUUAACUCUGCAAUUACAGAUGUUCCUCAACUUAUGUUAGGGCUAUGUCUGGGUAACCACAUCUUAAGUUGAGUUCAGUUGAAGAGUAUACUGAAUGUGUAUGGCUUUUGCACUGUUGUAAAGUCAAAGAAUUGCAAGACAAACCAUUGUAAAUUGAAUACCAUCUGUAAACCUUAACACAAGUCAAAACAUGGAUUUUCUAGGCUUCCUUUACUUUUUUAAAGAGAUUAUGGUUAUUUUUUUUUUUUUUUCCGUGGCGUUUGAGCCUUGAUUCUUUAAACAGAACCUAGUCUCAUCCAGGACUGGCUGUCAGUGGAAUUCUGGGACUCAGCAGGAAUGUGAUAAAGCACUUUGUCAUUUGCCGAUAGUAGUCUUGGGUCAAAUUCCGACGACUUAUCACACUUGAAGCCUGGGGAAAGGAGGCAUGUCCUGGUAAUCAGGGUGAACACAUUAUUCCUGGAAACCUAGUUAGAGUUUGGCAGACACCCAGAAAUUCACCUGUGAAUUUUUGCUUCCACAUAGGACUCAAACAAACCUUUAAAAAAAAAGAGAGACUUGACAUCAUCCUGCCAUUACCGUCAAACAUCAUGUAUUGAAUACUUUUAAAUGAGUGUAUAUCUGAACAUUAAACUACUACUUUUCACCCACUCCUCUCUAACAAAGAAGCUAGUUGCUUUUUAA